AUGACUGAUGAAGAUGGAAAUCAAGGAAAUAUUUCAAAGCAUUUCUUUCCAGAAACGAUGCAACGAAAAAUUAUGUCACAUGAAAAUUUAGAAUUUCAAAUGUCGAUUCAUGUAUCAACCUAUCCUCCUGCAACUCUGGCUUUUUGCGUAAUGGAACGCGAAAGUUUUAUGAUGUGGAAUAAUCAAUCACAAAAAUAUUUCAUAAACAAGUGCCAUACGCUCAAAUGUCAAGACUUUCGUAAAAUGUUCCAACAAAUCCAAAUGUUUUGUGGUUUCACUUUUCCGAUUGAAAUAAUUCUAUGUCGUUGA